AUGGGUGUCGAGGAGAUGAUUAGUCUCAUUAUGGAAGCGUUCGUCGAUCUCCUCGUGUCCGAAGAUUGGCUCACAGAGGAAACUAAAAAGUUCGGCCUAACAGAAAGGCUAGCAUAUACUAUUUAUAUUUUCGCAGAGACUCUUCAGUUUACAUGUAGGGCUGCACAAUACGCAUCUGAAGCAGAAAAUGGCUAUCCCGAUACUUUGAAGCGAGCCUCCAGAGCUCAAGUAGAUCAUGAAUAUCGGUUAUUCAAGGUCUACGAUGGCGGUUACUACAAAACCAAGUUCCAGUUCUAUGAGCAGUAUCAGCGGGAUGUACUGGAACGCGAUGGCCCAGCCAGUGAUGAGAAUAUAUGGGUUGCUGGAGCAGCGCUCGUGAAUGCAUUCUACAGUCCCAACACGAAUGAGAUC